GGGGGAGCUAUCGCAAAUGAGGGAUUAAGUUUCGCGAUAGAAGAGGAGGCCAUGCAGUGAAUGACAACGAUAGAAAUAUGUUGUCCGAAGAGACGGUGGCUAACCUACAGUUGCUAGUAGAGUAAGGGGGGCCGUCUUCAGAAUUAUUUAAGACGAUGUGGUUCUCAGAUUUCAACAGCUUUCAAUAGACCAUUCCUCAAGACAAUCUGUUCUAUAUCAAGAGACCAAGUCCUCUACUAUCCUCUUCUAAAAAAAGCAAAGACGACUAUCUUUAUCACCCAACAAAAUGCGCUUCUCUCUCACCAUCAUCGCUACCCUCUUCGCCGUAGCUUCUGCUAUACCGGCAGGUUCUGACAUGUUACUCCCUCUCGAACCAAGAUGUCUGGCUACAGGUGUUGACUGCACAUUCGAUGUUAACGCGUGCUGUAACGGCGUUUGCUCCGAGAACGAGGGCUGUGGGUGUUUAACAUGCAACUAAAAAUUCUCUCAUAUCUUUAACCGUAUGGAUAUGUCGCGGAGAAACACUCGGCAUCGGAAUAGAUCUCAACUACAGCUAGAUGGUUGAUUCUUCUAUAUAUGAUCAUGUUGUAUGAUAUUAUGAGGAAUUGGGAAUUACGAACUAAGGGAUUUCAUGGGAAAAAGAGACGACAAGAACGUACCUCAUACUACGAUGG